GUGACUGCAGAAGAGAUAAGCCAUCAAGAGCAAAAUGAGAGCGGUUGACGCCAGAGUCCGGACUGAAGACAGAUCAAGGUUGACUCCAGUCUUUGCUGCCACUAACUUGAUUAGCUUCAGGCUGGAGGGCAACUGGGAAACCCGAUCAAACGGACCUGCGAGCAAGCAAGAGAGAUUAGCUUGAGGGAGAAGAGAAGGGGGGAGCCAGAAUUACGGCGCAUGGUGAAAGAACCCUCUUAAAUCUGGAAGCUGCAAUUACAGCCACAAAAACUGCAGAGAGGAAGCCACAAAACCACAGUUUCAACCUCCAUUUCCAAUCUCCUUCCCUGUCUCACACCUUGUUCUCUGGCUCUCUCACCCUUCUGACUGCAGGCGAAGAUGCCUGCUAAUGGGAACCAACCGUUGAAGUUGCAGUUUGGUUUGAUCAACUACGAAGGUCGCUACCUGACUGCUGAGACCUUUGGCUUCAAGGUGAACGCAUCAGCACCCAGUCUGAAGAAGAAGCAGAUAUGGAUGCUCGAGCAGGACUCACAGGAUGCCCAGGUCAUCUACUUGCGCAGCCACCUGGGCCGCUACCUUGCCUCCGAUAAGGACGGCAAGGUCAUGUGCGAGGCCAGCGAGCGCAAUUCAGACUGCCGUUUCCUCAUCGUGGCUCAGUCAGACGGCCGCUGGGCGUUGCAGUCUGAGCAGUACCUCCGCUUCUUCGGUGGCUCCCGUGAUUAUCUUUCCUGCUUCGCCCAGGUGAUUACAGAUGCUGAGCUUUGGGCGAUGCACCUGGCGCUCCACCCGCAGGCCAAUCUGCUGUCUGUGGCCCGGAAGCGUUAUGCCCACUUUUCCACGGAGGACGGGGAGAUCGCUGUAGAUCUCAACAUUCCUUGGGGUGUGGGGGCGCUCCUGACCCUCGUCUAUCUGGAUGGGAAAUACUGCCUGAAGACCUGCGACAGCAGCUUCCUCAGCAAUGAUGGGAAGCUCUUGACAGAGAGUGGGCGAUCCACAGCAUACACGCUGGAGCUGAAGUGUGGGAAGGUGGCCUUUAAAGACUGUGAGGGGAAGUACCUGUCUCCAAUGGGGCCUACAGGCACCCUGAGGUCUGGUCGAUGUUCCAAGCCAGGCAAAGAUGAACUGUUUGACCUAGUAGAAAGUCACCCACAAGUGGUUUUGAUGGCCGCCAACGGCCGAUAUGUCUCUAUAAGACAAGGAACAAGCCUUGCAGCCAAUCAGGAAGACGAGACAGACAUGGAGACAUUCCAGAUGGAGAUCGACAAGGAGACUAAAAAGUGUACCUUCCGUACCAGUCAAGGAAACUACUGGGACCUGGUAGCUCACGGAGGCAUCCAGACCACCGCCACAGACGUGUCAGCAAACACCAUGUUUGCAGUGGAGUGGCUUGGCCACAAGGUGGCGAUAAAAGCCAAUAACGGAAAGUACAUCUGUACCAAGAAAAAUGGCCAACUGCUUGCUGUCAGUGACUUCAUAGGUGAGGACGAGCAGCUCACUUUGAAACUGAUCAACCGGCCCAUGCUGAUCCUGAGAGGAGAGAACGGUUUCAUCUGCCACCACAGGAACUCCAACACACUGAACGCCAGCAGAUCAAUCUAUGAUAUUUUCACUCUGCAUUUCAGUAACGGGGCCUAUCACAUUAAAGGUUUGAAUGGGCGAUUCUGGUAUGUGAACAGUGCUGGGGUGGUGUGCUCAGACGGUGAGGCACCCGAGGACUUCACUCUGGAGCUGCUGGAACAUGGUCGCCUUGCCAUCCGUAGCAAAAAUGGCAAAUAUCUACGGGGUGACCAAGGUGGAACACUGAAGGCAGAUGGACUGAGCCUGAGUAGCUCAGCUCUGUGGGAGUACUGACCUGAGUGAUCAAUGGUGAAGGACAGGCAUCAAUGUGUGAUCUGUCAAACUCAGUGGUAUUUUGAAAUAGAGAACAGCAAAUCGUCGACAAAAAGGUGUAGACUGAAUGUGGGUUUUCCUCUUUCAUGCUGAAAAUAGGAUGUUUAUGAGGACUUCCAAAGACAAGGGAAUUAAACGCGGAGAAAAACAUGCAGAGGAAGUGGCCGUGCAUAUUCAGCCAAGAAAUUCCUGAUGGACAUUUUGAGUAGAUUCAUCUUAAUGGGUCAUCGUGUGAAUGAACCUCCGAUUUGAAGUGUUCCUCUUGAGUUUUUAACCCCAGUGACAGUUUCGCUUAAUAAUUCAUACCUCUUCUAAGCAAAGCACAGAAUUCUGAAUUCUCAACAAUGGGAAAAAAAACACAAGGCGAGAGCCAACAAGUAUUAAACCAAUCAUCAUUUAUACCCAUAUCAAAAUAUGACUAUUUUCAUAAUCGAUAAAUCAUUGAGUUAAUUUUUUAAAAAUAGUAUCAAAAUUCUUUGAUUUUAGCUUCUUAAUUGUAAACAUUUUCUGGUUUAUUUUACUACUGCUUUACUCCUCUCUGCUAGCUAACUGAAUCUCUUGGACAAUAUUUUGGCUAUGGACAAAAAAAGACAUUUGAAGUCAUCGUCUUGGGCUCUGGAUAACAUUAAUCAACAUUUUUCACCAUUUUGUGGCAUUUUAUGGACCUAACAACUAAUCAAUGAAUAGA